UGAGCUCAUCCGCAGCCAAUCGUCGCAACCGCGGACCACCCACACAGCCCCCGCAAGUUGCAUCCUCCGACACCUGGCUCUUCCACCGGCGAGCCGGAUCCCCGAGCCGAGAUGGGGGGAGGAGGAGGAGGCGCCGCCGCUGCCGCCGGGGAUUCCGUGCCUCGCCCUCCGCUCCGACCAGCAUCUCAGGCACCACGACUCCUUUAGGUACGGGAUGCCCCUUCCCCGCAGGCACCUGUGCCCUGCCCACGUCACACACACACACACACACCCCGGGGAAAGAUGCGGGCAGGUUGUUGCAGCGCGUUCUUAGCCGAUAAGGGGGAGCCGAGGGGGGGGGGUUUAGGCCAGGUUCGCCCCCCCCUCCAGCUUAUCUUUUGCACCACCUGCUUCCUUAAGCGUCGGGGGGGGCAGCUGCACCCCCCCUCCAGAUCGAGUAAAACAAUAGAAAUACUUAACUGUCCAAUCACGUCGGUUCUGGCCCCCUCUAACAAAAGUCCUGCCCCCCCCCAUAAAAACCCUGGCUACAACCAUGGCGCGCGGGGGGGUGUUUGCAAGUGCGGCCAUCUCCCUAGUGAGGCCUCCCCCCCCCCCCCCUUCUAAGGCCGGCAGCGGAUGCCCGCACACAAUGGCCCUCUCUUGGCAACACAGCGCCUUGCUUCAAGGCUUCUCGGAUUCCUGCACCGACCCUUCUCCUGCCCAUCUCCAAGUUGAGGCUGUGCCAGCACUGGUAGUUUUCUUAGCGCCGGAGGGAGAAUGAGGAGCGUCCAUUCGUCCGAGUCUGUGCAGCUCCUGCGGGGCCUGUGGCUCCGCCUGGCCUAAGCGUCCAAAGGCCCCGAGGCUAACCAUGCAGCCGGUGGCAUACCGUUAGCACCCGCCGUUUUGUUUCCGGUCUGCUUGCCUUCGAGAGGAACAAGAGCUUAGAAACAAACAAACAGCCUCUUGGGUUUCGCUUGCAGAAAAACGGUGGAGGCAGAAACCUAUUGUGAACCUUAAUCCCACCUAUCUAUCUAUUCCCUGGUCUGGGCAAAAGCAGGGUUGUAGCCUUAGGUUGGUUGAUGUGGUCUGAAUAAUCGAUUAAAACUGUUAGAUUCCUUUUUUUAAAAAAAAGUUAAUUGUUUUUAGUGCUAUGUACUUACGGAAACAACAGGUGGUUGGCACAAUUUCAGAAGAGGCUUUCUCCUGUUACAGGAGGAGGGGAAAGCCUCUUCUAAGAGGGCGCUUGCUGCAACAUGAGCAUGUGCCUUUUAUUCAAUUCCAUGGCUUUAUUUGCAAUUAUUAUUUACUGAAUUUAUAUACCACCCUAUACCCAGAGGUCUCAGGGCGGUUCACAAAAAAAGAUCACAAUAUAUUAAAUCAAAAUAAAAACAAUAACCCAAUAAUACCCCCCCCAAAAAAAGAGCCACAUUUUAAAAGUGUAUAGGAUGUUGAUCAGGUCAACCAAAGGCCUGUUUAAAAAGGAUUAGGUAAAGGUAAAUGGACCCCUGACCAUUAGGUCCAGUUGUGACCGACCAAAGGCCUGUUUAAAAAGGAUUAGGUAAAGGUAAAUGGACCCCUGACCAUUAGGUCCAGUUGUGACCGACUCUGGGGUUGUGGUGCUCAUCUCGCUUUAUUGGCCGAGGGAGCCGGCGUACAGCUUCCGGGUCAUGUGGCCAGCAGGACUAAGCCGCUUCUGGCAAACCAGAGCAGCGCACGGAAACGCCGUUUACCUUCCUGCCGGAGCGAUACCUAUUUAUCUACUUACACUUUGACGUGCUUUCGAACUGCUAGGUUGGCAGGAGCAGGGACCGAGCAAUGGGAGCUCACCCCGUUGCAGGGAUUCGAACUGCCGACCUUUUGAUCGGCAAGUCCUAGGCUCUCUGGUUUAACCCACAGCGCCACCCGCAUCCCUCUUAAAAAGGAUUAAGCAAGUGUUUAAUCCUUGCCAAAAUACUUAAAACUCUCAUACUUAGGCAACUCUCAUUAGGUGACAGCCCUCCUGCAGAGACUGUAUCACUUGCAAACUCUUUCCACUCUUUUGAGUGCUGGCACUUUCUAGCUCUGAUUUGUAGCCCUUUGCACCCACCCCCACCCCCAGUCUUCUCCCUAACCUGCUAAUUCACCCUUCGUUUUUCUCUCCCUCUAAUUCUGCCUUUGUCUCAAGCAUUACAGGAAGUAGGCUGGUGAGGAUUCAUUGAGAAUGGCCAGUUUUUAAGCAGCGUGACCCCCUGAGCAACGGUUUGGGCAUGGAUUCCGAAUCCUGCACUCGAGCCUUCUCCCAGGCCCGAGUAUAUCUUGAGCAAAUCCGAAGCCGGGUUGCGCCAGGGGGCGUUGACGCGCACGGAACUGGGAAGCGUGACUACCUGGUGGAUGCGGCUAAGCAGAUCCGCCUGGCUUUGGAACGGGAUGUGAGCGAGGACUACGAAGAAGCUUUCAACCAUUACAAGAAUGGCGUGGAUGUGCUGCUCAACGGGGUUCAGGGUACGGUGGGGAAGUGGAGUGGGUGGUUGUGAAAGAUGUAGGGAUCGUGGCAGAAGUGGAUUUAGGGGAGGGCAACCAGUUCAUUUGUACUGGGUGUGGAGCCUCAAUGAUGCUGCAUUGGGCACCGCAAGCAUGAUGUAGAAUGGAAGGCCAGAGGUGGUGGUUAUGGGGCAAGAUUAGACACCACACAGUGUGCUGCUGGAAUUUGAGACUGUAAGGUCCACCACUGGACCCUGGGAUAGGUGGAGCAUAGAAGCAUGAAAGGUGCAUGGCUAACUUAUGAAUGCUCUUUAUAGGCUCUUGCCCACCCGGCUGACUAGAUGAGGAAAAAAUAUUGCAAAAUAUAUGUGAAAUCAUACAAAUUAUGUGAAUAUAUAUAUAUAGAGAGAGAGAGAGAGAGCAAUUUAAAAUUUACAGAUAAACGUCAUCUUUACAUAAACGUAGUCUAUUUAUUCUUCUAUACAUGUUCAUAUCUUCUACAUAAUUGACUUCUCUCUACCUCUUAACAGCUUCAUCAUCUCUCUUUAUUUCAUUUUCUUUUGUACUGUGUUCUAAUAUACUUUCAACAUUCUAUUUAUAUAGAAUAUCUCCUCUAAUUGUCUUUUAUUUUGUGAAAUUUAUUCCAGGCACAUCCAAGUUUUGAUUUGGGAGCCAUGUUUACACAAAUAAUUUUUAAAGCAAUCCCAUUCUUUUUUUAACCCUUAAGUUUGAGUAAUUUCUUAUUGUGAAUUUAUAAAUGUCACAGAAUUCAUUUUUUGUGGCACAGAAUUUAGACUGCUUGUAGGUGCAGAAUUCUAGCUUUAUAAAAGUGUGGGGAACACACAGCCUUGGCUAUUGGGCCAGGCAUGUUGUGAUGUGAGGAAGAGCUGAGGAUCUAAAAAGAACUACAUAAAAUGAGAGCUAAGAAUGAGUAGUGCCCAUGACUCUCAUGCAGUGGAUCCUAAUAAGGAGCGCCGUGAAGCUGUGAAGAGGAAGAUCACCCAGUACUUGAAACGUGCUGAAGAGAUCUUCAACUGCCAUCUGCAACGAACUCUGGGAAAUGGAAGCUCCACUGAAACGGUGAGAAUUUUUUGGGGGGGGGGCGGAAUAGGGGACAGGCAGCUGGAUUCCCAGCAGUUUAAAAAACAAUAAACAAAACCACCAAGUACUGUUACUGUCUCCUUUGUUCUACUCCACCUAGUUUCUCAAACUAAGACGUUUCUCAAUUUUUCAUUGAUUGACAGGGUUACAGCAGCCUUCGCUUUCGGCCAAUUAGGACACUCAGCGCACCAGUGGAGAACCUGAGGCACUGUAAGGUUGUAGGAAUAAUUGACAAGGUAACUAGUUGCACCUGGGAUGGUGUUCUGGAAGAGUAACCAUGUCAGGCAAUUGUAGCGAAAUCCUGAAGAAGCCUGGGCACCUUAAAGAUUAAUCUCUCUCCCCCCCCGCCCCCGAUGUUGCUGCAGUGCAUGACCACUGGCCAUGUUGGUUGGGGCUGAGGGCAGCUGUGGUCCAACAGCAUCCUUAUCCUUGUGUUAGAGCACCCUCAUAACUUCAUGCAGCAAACUGAGUUGGCUCCAGCCUAUGAAAUCCAGUCUUUAGCUGCUUCAGGAUUCUGCUGGUUUGUCCAAUCAUAUUUUUACUGUGCCUCAUCAGACAAGUUUUCAUCAUGUAAAACAACAAGAAGCAAAAUGAAAAGGAGCAGUACUAUGAAACAACAGCAGCGCCGCCCCCCCCACACAACUGAAGCUCUAAAAAGCUGCAGGAAAUUAAAAACAACACUGAUUUAAAAUGCCUGAGAGAAUAAAGAAAGAUUCUCCCCAACCCUAAAACCUUGAGGUUCAUAUGGGUACCAGGCAGACCAUUGCACUGUUGUGGUUAACUUGAGGUUUUGUUGCUUGUAGGUACAGAUAGUGCAGGACCCUGCUACUGGGGGAACCUUUAUACUGAAGGUAUGUGCAUCCGCCUUCCUCUGACUCCCUUCGUUUCCUCUAUUUCCCUUCCUUUUGGCAAUCCUAGACAUGGUGUUACUGGAGAACCAACCUAGCCUUGAAAAAGCCCUCCUGGGCUCAACCUUGUUCUCUUUAGUAUCUGUGAGGUUAUAGCUAGCCCAGAUCUCUCUAUACUGUCCAAUUUGUGAAGCUUUGCUCAUGUCCUUUUCUAUUGAGGAAUUCCUUUUACAAAUCCAUUGCUAGCCCUCUUUUCCUUUUAGAAGAACAAAGCUUAUUCUUCUCUCACAUGUUCAAAUACAAGCUAUUUUAAAGUGCUGCUUUAAAUUAUAUUAAUGUCUAAAUGAAAGAAUUGGCAGCCUAUUUAUGAAUCAAAGACUCGUGCGUAAAAUCACAAACUGGUGAGAAUCUUUGGGUUUAGUGUUAACACACUUCAGACUCCAGCAGCCAAGUUUUAUUAGGAAUAAAAAUGAAGACAGGAGGACAAAGCAGACUGGGAAAUAAUAGGAACCCUUUAGCUCAAAUCUAUCUAUGCUGACCUAGUUACUUACAAGCAGAUUUCUGGACUCCUCACAAGUAACAAAGCAAAGGUGCUCGGUUACAGGGUUAUCCAAAUGGACGAUGAAACCUGAGGAGGUGAGGGAACUCAUGAUGGAAUGUGAGGGACAAAGGGACAAUUUUACUAGUCCCUUUUUUAAGGGCUUCCACCCCAUGUUGGGCUGAGUGACACCUGGCACUCUUUCAGCCAAUCAGGUAACUAGUGUAACCCCUUUGUGGGAGCUAAGGAGAUGUAAGCACCUGAUGUGAGCAGGUGAAGAUGGUUAUCACUGGUGGAAAUUACUGGGAUUUCUCCUUCUACCUGCCAGGCCAAACCUAUUCUGAGCUUGUGGACUCAGCUCAGCUGGAAUAUGUGCUUGCCUCACUCAGGCUAAACGGAGGGCAAGAUAGCAGAGCCUUUUCUCCACAGAAUCUGUGUAUCUGCCACCCCCUUCUGUUUACUGUUGAGAAGUUGCUUGGCCAAUGCCUCUUUAUAGCAUCAGGCCUCUACUGGUCCCCUUGCUCUUCCUGAGCUGCAGAAGCACUUGCACCAAAGGAAUGCUAAGAAAGAAGGGGAGAACCUUGGCUGCAGUAAAAGUUCAAUGCUGAACUUUGGUGCUUGACAAUGGCUUUCCUAUUUCAGCAGGCAGUUUUUCUAUUUCCAGGAUCAGUUUUAAUUCUUAUUAUUCUUGUAUAUGUGUUGUUGUUUUAAACCCACUUAGGAAUUUUGAACAUUAAGUAAUUUAUUAAUACCUGAAAUAAACAAGCACUUUUAAUGUAUUUAAAGCAUGCCCUGCCUUUUCAAUUCAAAGUUUUCCAGUGUGGAAUCACUUGCAAAUAAAACCAGAGGUAUUUUGGGGCCACAAUGAAAUUCUUCAGCAAUAACAAAUUGCCUAAUUCAGGUACAGGGCCAAUGCUGGAAAGGCAGAGUCUAUAGAAAAAUAUUUCUCAGAUAAUCAUUUACUGCUCCAGAGUACUUAAAUGGAAAACAUGCAGGGCUUCUGUACAUUCUGCACGCUUUGGACUUUUACAGAUUAGUUUCCAACUGUGUUCUAUAAUACAGUGGGUGGUAAGGGGGCCUUUCCCACACUGGAAGAGGCUGCUGGGCUCUUCUGGCCAAACAGCAUUCAGACAGCCAACCCACAUCUCUUGGUUCUGUGUUCCCUUCCAGAGCCUCCCCAAAUCGCACGUGGAGACCCGUGAAAGGCAGACAAUCAUCCCACAUGGAAUCCCCUUUAUGGUUGAAUUGCUGUGCUACUCUGUAAGUGAGGACUCUGUCUUCCUCCACCUGGAACACGUGAAAGGUGAGUGUUAAAGGAUUUGCCAUUUCCCCGCUCGUAUUUCUCAGCCUCACCUGGAGUAAAUCUUUUGAGUGCUUGAGUUUUGUGUUUGUUGCUAAAUUUACUUGGUCCUAAUGAAAGUCUUGCCCAACUGUUUUGGGUUGUUUUUCUUAUCAUGGGCCAACAUGGCUUCAUUUGCUUUUUAAUACAAAAUGAGACCUUUGGGCAAAUUGGAGAUCAUGCAAAGUACUAAGACUAAGUCGGACUAAGAUUUAUCAGUGUGCAAGCAAGGGGAAAGAGUGGAAUUAUUUCUGUCCAUGAACCAAAUAACCCUCUGAGAUACCUUGAGUGUAGCAUCCAGUACAGGAAGAUGGAAAAAUUCAUUGUAGAGGAUAACUCAACUGUAAACUAAUUUCUCCUUCAGGGAACUGGGAAUUGUGUGCACUUGCACGUAGAGCAGAUUGGUUUUAUGAUUGCAGGAAACUGGAGUACCAGCCAUCCUGUACAAAAUACCAUAUUUUUUCAUGUAUAAGACUCCCCCAUGUAUAAGAUGCCCUCUAUUUUUUUAUCCCAAAAUUAAGAAAAUACACUGUACACUAUCCGUGUAUAAGACAACCCUUUAUGUUAAACUUCAAAAAUUUAGGACAAAAUAUAGUCUUAUACAUGGAAAAAUACGGUAUUUCACUUCCUGCAGAUCAGGUCAGAUGUUACGUUGUUGUAGUCCAAACUUAUUGUUGCUAGAACAGAUCUGGAUGAAAAGUGACCCAUUAUGCAAGUCUUUUAAUAGGUCAACGUUAUCAGGCACCAGUCUGAGGAACAGGAUUUUUAGGUUUCCCCCACAGCAUUUCUGCAAGUUACAGAAAUGUAACAUUGGAACCAUCCAGUUUGUGUUUUUUGUGUCACUUCUUUUUCCAUUCUCCAUUAAAUCCCAGCUGGCUUUGUGGUUUGUAGUCACCCUAUAGCAGCUUGUUACACAUGUUUAUGGUUGCAGGUCAUCCACUCUAUCCUUCUUAGCCUGAGGUGGGUGGGAAGCUUUUGGGCAUGUGGCGUCUGAGAAAUUAUCUUGCCAGAAACUUUUGAUUGCUUCUUCCUCUGAGAGUUGGUUGAAGAAUAGUUAUCCUAUGCAUUCUGAAUUUAGCUAAUACCUCUGCUGGCCUGACUGCAGAGAUAUAGUAGGUUAGCAGCCUUUUGAAUUGCACAUCAUUUUUCUUCAGGCAGGAAUAAAAUUGGGAACACUUAAGCGUUUGUUAAUCCUGCCGGGGGCGGGAGCUUCUCUGUGCGGUUUGAAAGCUUGCUGCCUGAUCCUCCCAAUAGAGCUGGUUCAGUAAGAGAUCAACUGAACCAUUUAGCCUUCUCUCUGUCCUCUCAACCCUCUUAUUCUCUGUGGCCUGGUAUCAGGCUAGCAGGCAACUGUAGUAGAAGGGAUAAUGGAAGAGGAGGCACAGCUGUUGGGGAACUGGAGUUGGCAUGUUUCUGAGAAGCCCUUCUUCCUUUUUCCCACAGGGGGGACCCUCUGGUCCCAUCUUCGCUCACAGAAUUGUUUCCAUCAUAAAUCCUCCAGCACCUCCAAUACAUUGAAUGCAAAGCUCAGCUUGGUCUUGAGUCACACCAGUGAAGAAGGGGUCAGAGGAAACCCUCAAGAAGCCGAUUCUGUGUCCCAGCAGAGCUGCAAUUUCUACCCUGAAAACAGUGCUAGCCAGAUCCCUACUGCUGUAAAUCGUCAUCUGUUCAGAAGUGGUGACCACUCGUUGCCUCGGAAGAAGUCCCUUGACCAUAUGCAUGUGAGAACAUCGACUAAUGAGAAGUGGCAUGUUGGACCUGCAGUUGGACCAUGGGGCAUUAUUGGAGGCAAGCAUUUAAGUGCAACACACACUUUGUCUACACAAUCUAAUUUAAAACCAGCGCACUGGGGGCAUCGCUGCUUGGUCAACCAGAGGACUUUCAGGUCGUGUGACUCACUUAUCAGAACUGAUAGCAUCAGCAGCAUAUCUGAGAGAGCUACCACACAGCAGGAGCCAAAACCACAUGCAGGCGAGAGAUCUAGCCAACGUGUCUCAGAGACAGGAAGAGGAUGCAUGUCAAAAACAGAAGCUCCAUGUCACCGAAUAGCACAGCUUGCGCAUUCUCCAGCUGGCCAAAGACAGGUGCAUCCUGGAAUUCUUCAGCAGAACCCAUGUGGUCAGGAGAACCAACAGAAUGUGACACAAAUGAAAGAAGGGAGCCUUUUGCAGGAAGAGUUGACUACUGAGCAUAAACAGCACAUAAACCAGCUGGCACCAAGGCAAUAUGGGUCUGCAGCACACCAGUCUGCACACAGGGACAGCCUUGGGGCCUGGGAUGUAAGUGAGGACCAGAUCCAACUUUGGGCAGCUGAACUGGUUUUGGCUUUGGAGGGUCUCCACCAGCAGGGGAUCCUAUGCCAGGACCUCAACCCACGAAACCUACUGCUGGAUGAUACUGGUAAGUUUUCUCCCAAGAAGGGGCUGAAUGAAAACUCUAGUCUGUCGUAUUUGGUAGCUGGAGCAUUUGGUUUCAUUGGGAAAACAUUCCAGCUCCCUCUCCCUUAUGUUUUGUGAAAUUACAGAAAAACAAAUAACAAUCUCUAUUGUGAGGGGCAGGGAGAGCUCACUCCCAGGGCCAAAUUCCCUCAGAGGAAAGUGGUUGAGACCAAAACACACUCUCACAUACACCUGUGGGGCAAGAGAUGAAGAGAGAAUGAACUUAGAAUCCAAGUUAGAAGGUACCACGAUGGUCAUGUAGUCCAACCCCUGCAAUGCAGGAAACUUUGUCCAAUGGGCUCAAACCCAUGACCCUGAGAUUAAGUCUUGUGCUUUACCAACUGAGCAUGUCAUUUUUCUGUACUGCGAGAAAAGCUUCCCUGUCCUCAGGUCUAUAUCUCAGUUCAGUCCCAUAAUCAGCAUUUUGGUUCUGCUAAAUAACAUCACUUGAACCAUGUUUGUUUAGAUUUCCUGUUUAUUUCCUUCGGCUUACAGGGGAGCUGUGAAUAGACAGCACAUAUUGUCAUUUAAUAAAACAGGUGCCCAAGACUUAAACCCGAGGGCAGUUUUUGAGAUUCGCAACUCAAAUGGGGAUUUGUCAGUGUUCAGAAAGGUGACUAGGGGCUUCUGAUGCCUCCUGUUUUUCUUGGCUUUGCAUAACUGCUCUUGCCAUUUCUGUGGGUUCAUAGGUCACAUCCAUCUCACAUACUUUGGCCAGUGGACCGAGGUGGAACCACAGUGUUGCAGUGAGGCACUGGAAGACUUAUACUGUGCUCCAGGUAAUGAAGACAUUUGCUCUUCCCUUGACAGAUGGGGGCAAGAGGAAAGAAAUAUCACCCCCCCAUUUAUUUCUUUUAUUUGCUUUUAAGUCAUUUUAUGCUGUUAUAUUGGUUUUGGUUUGUAUUUUUGUUUUCAUAAUACUGCUUUUAUAUUAUACCCCACUUGGAAAUGUUUAGAUAUUAAGUGGUUUAUAAAUGCUCUUAAAUGCAAUAAAACAGGCAAGCUGGCCUGACCUGAGACACCUCUCUUUGUGACUACAGUCCUUUUAAAGCCUCUUGCCCAGAUGGUUACAGGAGACAAGGGCUUCUGGCAUGGACUUUCUGUUGCUGUAAUUCACGCUUUUUUCUCUGCAGAGGUGGGUGGAAUUUCUAAGCUGACCGAAGCUUGCGACUGGUGGAGCUUUGGGGCGCUGCUCUACGAGUUACUGAGUGGAACUGUGAGUAACUAAACCUGUCAUAUCUAGAUUAGCAAGCCAGUAUUAGGAAAACAGAAAGCGUUCUAAUGGUGAUAGUGGUGCUACACAAAGUGAUGUUGACUAGGAGCACGACAAACUGCAUUUGAACCUUGUUAUCUUUCCCUUCUUUGCUGCAAAGUGUAAAUUUUGUUGACGUGGAUCGCCUGCACCAUGGAGCCUACUGCUUACUUAGUUGGCAUGGGCAAACUGGGUUAUUUUCAGAACAGUUAUCCUUAGCAUUAGCAGCCUUUGCUGCAGGAUAGCCUGGUUUUAAUAGCUCUGUUUAUCUCUUAGUCUUUAGCCCAGAAUCACCCCUCAGGGAUUCAUCCUUACACCAAGGUUCAUCUUCCAGAAAAGCUCAGCCAGUCUGCUUCAUCCCUAGUCUCUGAGGUGAGAAUGCUGGCCAGUUAGCAUUAGAAUUGGAGGAUGGCUGUGACAGUAUGCAUUUGGAGUCUGAACUACCAUCUCUCAUUCCCUUCCCAGCUGCUGCAAUAUGAUCCCAAGCAACGUUUAGGCUCUGGCGAAGAGGGAGUGAACAGGAUCAAGGCACACCCUUUCUUCAGCACCAUCCAAUGGAACAAGUUAGUUGCAUAAUAAGAACCAAAGAGAUUUGGGUGAUGGUGUGGAGCUGUGGUUCCAGAGUGCAGCACCCGGCUGUUUUAACUGCUGGAUUGUGUCCCUGCCAGAUGGAAAACCCAAAUCCUUCUAGAAGCACUUGCCUCCUGAAUAAAUAAAUAAAUAGCCCAGGUCUUGUGGACCUGGGUGGUGCCAAUAGCGCUGUUCAUAGAAUAGAAUCAUAGAAUCAUAGAGUUGGAAGAGACCACAAGGGCCAUCAAGUCCAACCCCCUGCCAAGCAGGAAACACCAUCAGAGCACUCCUGACAUACGGUUGUCAAGCCUCUGCUUAAAGACCUCCAAAGCAGGAGACUCCACCACACUCCUUGGCAGCAAAUUCCACUGUCGAACAGCUCUUGCUGUUGCUCUGGGGGAAAUCCACAGAGCUUGGCUGUAGAUUUUUCAGCUUUGAGUUGCUCCUAUUCUGCUUCCUAGCUAUAUGCCAAUAGCAGCUAAAGGGAUCAAAUUCAGCUUUGGAAGAUUUAGCCUGCUGGAGUUAACCUUCAAAGCAUGAACAAAGAUUAUGAGCAUCUUGUAAGGCUGACGUAGCCAACAUCCUCCCUUCCACAUGUUGCUGGACUCCAGCUCCCACCAUCCUCAGUCGGCAUGACCAGAGUCAAGGAUGAUGCCAGAUGGCAAUUCUGAGCAGUUGGAAGGCAUCAUGUUGGCUACCCCUGCAAUAGAUUCACAAAAUUGUAGAGGUGGAAGGCACAAGGGUUCCAACCCCCUGCAAAGCAGGGAACUUUUGCCCAACAUGGGGCUGGAACCCAUAACCCUAAGAUUAAGAGCCUCAUGCUCUACCAACAGAACUGUCUAGGUAUGGUUUGUUUGCAGAACCAAAACAUCAAGCCCUUUAUCGACGCUCUCAACAUAGCUUACUCUACAUCAGGCAUGUCCAACUGGUUGAUCGUGAUCUACUGGUUGAUCUCUGGGCGUCCCUGGUCAAUUGGUGAAGGCUCCCCCAAAAAGCUCAACAACUUUGGUCAAUCCCAUGGGUAGAUCACUGCAGUUUUCUAUAGUGGGAGUAGAUCACAGUCUCUCGGGAGCUGGACAUGCCUGCUCUACAUGAUCAGUUUCCCCAAAUCAGGCAUGGCCAAAGGUGGCUUCCCCCCAUACGUUCUACUUGCUUGUUCCCCGUCAAUUCAGUUGAGCUUUCCAGCAAUGUUCCUCGUGCCACAGCAGUAUCUACUCUAUCACGUAUCAGCUGUGUCUCCUCCCUAAUUUAACCUCGAAGCCUCUUCUUCCUAUACCUGCUUGACCCCGUCCCCAGCUUACCAGUGCUUUUCUGCUUAAGUACCCUAGGCAGAAGUCUUGGAUUACACUCUGUAUAGUUCACAGCUUGCAUGUUGCACUUGGCUUCUUCUGCAGAAUGGAGAUGAGCUCUUAUGCAGAGGGGAAGUGAGCAAAAGGCUCUUCUUGUGAUUGCUCUCAGUGGAUCUUCCAUGUUCUUGCCAAUGAACGUUUUAAAAUAAAAGACUCUCAGCACAACC